CAGUGGCUUGACUUGAGAGAGAGGCAGCAGAAUCAGAAACUCAGAAUUAAAUGUCACACACGUGUUUUCGCAAUCACAAUUCACAAAAAUACCAAUAAUUAGAGAGGUUAGUGGUUUCAUAGUGUUCUCUCUCUAUUCUGAAUACCUUCUACGAUCGAAGGUAUGUAUAUAUACUUAUCUAUCGACAUAGUUAUAUAAUAUAACCCAGCAAGAGAGAGUGAGACCUCGAUUCUUAUUCAGAAACACAACAAAACUCAGUCUACGCUGUCUCAAUUUUUAGAGCCCACUCUCUCGGUUCUCGACAACCAUGGACGUUGAUCCUCGUCACUACGACCUCGUUGGUAUCAACGAAAAUGACAUCCACAAUGUUGUUCUAUCAUAUCUUGUCCAUAAUUGCUUUAAUGAAACCAUGGAGUCAUUCAUUGCUUGCACUGGGAUGAAGCAGCCUGAUGAUCAUCUUGAGGGCAUGGAGAAAAGAAAAAGAAUUUUUAAUUUUGCCCUGGAUGGAAAUGCACUUAAGGCCAUUGAGCUGACAAAUCAGCUGGCACAUGACUUGCUGGAGAAGAAUGAGGAAUUGUAUUUUGAUCUAUUGAGCAUUCAUUUUGGUGAACUUGUCCGCUCUAGAAAAUGCUCAGAAGCUUUGGAAUUUGCUCAGGCUAAGUUGACUCAUUUUGGGAAAGUGCAGAAAUAUGUUGAAAAACUUGAGGACUUUAUGGCCCUUCUUGCAUAUGAAGAGCCAGAUAAGUCCCCAAUGUUUCAUCUUCUUGGCUUGGAGUAUCGGCAGAAAAUUGCUGAAAGUUUGAAUCGGGCAAUUCUUGAACACAUGAAUCUGCCCAGCUACACAGCAAUGGAAAGGCUGAUACAACAGACAACAGUAGUUAGACAGUGCUUGAGUCAAGAGCCUGGCAAGGAUACACAUGCACCAUUUUCCUUAAAGGAUUUUCUUGAAAGCUAAAUGCAUCAAGUGUUUGAAGCUUUGCUGGCCAAUGGGUGAUCAAGGUGUAUUCAGAUAUAGCUUUCGUUGCCUCAUAUGGGUUUGAUAUAAGGUUUGGGGUUAGAAAGGAGUCAUCACUGCUUGCUCAUAUGUAAAACACAGUUAGCAGGCUCUCAUGUGUUUUUAUUCCUGCUUUCAGGGAGGCAUGCCCAAUUGCCCAUACUCUUUAAGUUGCCGUAGUGAAAACCAUGAAUGCUUGCAAAUUAGAGCAACUGAGUUGAUCCAUGUGUGUGGCUUGUACAUACUGCCUUGCUUAUACAAACAUUAGAUAUUGGGAUUUAUUCACGUCAGGCUUUGAGUUGAUGUACCCUAUUAAUCUUAGUUCUACUGUUUAAUGCAAAGUUGCAAUUUGCUAUGCCUAGUGAACAUACUGUGAUGAAGCAGAGUUGGGAGUCUGACCUUGAAGCAGAUUCUUGAGCAUUUUUUAGGGUGAUUUUCUCUUGAUGUUUUAGUGGAUUAAAUUGAUAUUUGUUGCAAUAUAUUGAUUACUUCAAACG